UCAGUCACGGCUCGAGGCCCCGCCCCUCCCUGGCUGUCGUGUCUCGCUGGUCUUUACGACAGUGCCGUGCGCCGGGCUCCUCCUUUCUCUCGCUGGCUGUGAAGAUGGCGGCCGGGACUCUGUACACUUACCCCGACAACUGGCGGGCCUUCAAGGCCCUGAUCGCCGCUCAGUACAGCGGCUUCACGCUGCGGGUCGACGCCGGCUUCGUCCUGGGCCAGACAAACCGGAGCGGGCAGUUCCUGGCCAAGUUCCCCCUGGGCAAGGUCCCGGCGUUCGAAGGCGAUGACGGCUUCUGCGUAUUUGAGAGUAAUGCCAUUGCCCAUUACGUGGCCAACGACGAACUGAGAGGAACUACGCGCGAGGCGGCGGCGCAGAUCCAGCAGUGGAUCAGCUUUGCAGACAGCGAUGUCAUCCCCCCUGCCAGCACGUGGGUCUUCCCCACACUAGGCAUCAUGCAGUACAAUAAACAGGCCACCGAGCACGCCAAGGACGAGGUGAAGAAGGUCCUGGGCAUCCUGAACGAGCACUUGAAGACGAGGACAUUCCUGGUGGGAGAGCGUGUCACCCUGGCCGACAUCACACUCGUCUGUUCCCUCCUGUGGCUAUAUAAGCAGGUUUUGGAGCCCUCCUUCCGGCAGUCCUUCACCAACACCAACCGCUGGUUUGUGACCUGUGUGAACCAGCCGCAGUUCAAAGCUGUCGUGGGCCAGCUGCAGCUCUGCAACAAGAUGGCGCAGUUUGACGCCAAGAAGUUCGCAGAGCUGCAGCCCAAGAAGGAGAAGGCGCCCAAGGAACCCAAAGAGCCCAAGUCCCAGGAGAAGAAGAAGGCAAAGGAGGAGAAGAAGCCCGCGGCCCCCGAGGAGGAGCAGGACGCCACUGACGAGGUCCUCUCCUUGGAGCCCAAAGCCAAGGACCCUUUCGCUCAUCUGCCCAAGAGCCCGUUCGUCAUGGACGAAUUUAAACGCAAGUACUCAAACGAGGACACGUUGUCUGUGGCUCUGCCACACUUCUGGGAGCACUUCGACAAGGAGGGCUGGUCCAUCUGGUACUCGGAGUACAAAUACCCCACCGAGCUCACACUCACCUUCAUGAGCUGUAAUCUGAUCUCGGGCAUGUUCCAGCGCCUCGACAAGCUCCGCAAGAACGCCUUCGCCAGCGUCAUCCUGUUCGGCAGCAACAACGACAGCAGCAUCUCCGGCAUCUGGGUGUUCCGCGGCCAGGAGCUGGCAUUCCCGAUGUCUCCCGACUGGCAGGUGGACUAUGAAUCAUACAGCUGGAGGAAGCUCGACAGCGAUAGCGAGGAGUGCCGCACCAUGGUGAAGGAAUACUUCAGCUGGGAAGGACAGUUCACGCACGUGGGGAAACCCUUCAAGGAGGGCAAGAUCUUUAAGUGAGCGAGAGACUUUACAGGCUCUGUGUCCCGAUUCUCCCCCCCCCCCCCCCCCCACCCCCUUCAGAGCUCGUGGCAGUAACAUCGGGCCACCGUUUUUAAAACGCAGGCGCAAAAUAAAACAAAACUUCAUCUGA